CGCUUACAGUGUAGUCAGGGGAAAUAAGUCCACGACACAGACAACUCGUGUACAGCCUCGAUCCCGAACCGGCAUCAUGGAGGCGCUUCUGGCUAGAACCGUGCCAGUUCUCACACCACAAUGGACCCAGGUGCGCAGCAUGGCAACACUCAAAGACAUUCGUGUGCGCCUUAAAUCGGUCACAAACAUCCAAAAGAUUACCAAGUCUAUGAAGAUGGUGUCAGCAGCAAAGUAUGCAAAGGCUGAGAGAGAGCUUCGCCCUGCACGGCCUUUUGGUUCUGGGGCUAAAGCAUUUUUUGAAAAGGCAGAACUUAACCAGGACAAAAGUCAGCCCAAUCAGCUUAUAAUUGUGCUGUCUUCUGACCGUGGUCUGUGUGGUGGCAUUCAUUCAGGCCUUUCCCGUGAACUUCGCAACUUGGUAAAUGCUAAACCUGCAGGGACAGAUACUAAAUUUGUCGUCCUUGGUGAUAAAGCCAGAGGCAUUUUGCAGCGGACAUUUAAAGAUAAGUUUCUGUUGUCCUUUAAUGACUAUGGCCGCAAGCCACCAACAUUUGCUGAUGCAGCUUUGGUUGCCAAUGCUGUGCUAGAUCAGGACUACAAGUUUGAUUAUGCAAGUCUCUACUUCAACACCUUCAGAUCUGUGGUAUCCUAUAGAGUGACCGAGCAGCCCAUCUUCUCCCGAGAUCAGAUUGCAGCUGCGGGAAAGAUAAACUUGUAUGACAGCAUAGAUGAAGAGGUUUUGCGCAGUUUCAAUGAGUAUGCGUUGGCCUCACUUAUCUAUUAUGGCAUGAAGGAAGGUGCCUGCAGUGAACAGAGUUCUCGUAUGACAGCUAUGGAAGCUGCAAGCAAAAAUGCUGGAGAGAUGAUUGGCAGACUGACUCUGACCUUCAACAGAACAAGACAGGCUGUCAUCACCAAGGAACUGAUUGAAAUCAUUUCCGGUGCUGCUGCUAUAUGAGUAGGAUAUCUGAAGUUGAAUGACUGUAGUUGGUCGUCUUGCAGUUUGCUAGAACUUUUUGAAGAAGGAAUACAACUUAAUGAUAAAUAUCUUUUUCUUUUGUUUUGUUUUACUUCAUUUGAACAUUUACUGCAACGUCAUUUUGGAGUUUGAAUAAUAUACUUGUGUCACAUGAAGUAUGAUAUAAUACUAAGAAUAUAAAUAAUGAAACGUGA